AUGUUGAGUGCAGCGUUCAACAACACCAUCAAGCCACCUCCCCACGCCACCACCCCCACCCACCCCCAGCGUUCAACAACACCAUCAAGCCACCUCCCCACGCCACCACCCCCACCCACCCCCAGCGUUCAACAACACCAACAAGCCACCUCCCCACGCCACCACCCCCACCCACCCCCAGCGUUCAACAACACCAACAAGCCACCUCCCCACGCCACCACCCCCACCCACCCCCAGCGUUCAACAACACCAUCAAGCCACCUCCCCACGCCACCACCCCCACCCACCCCCAGCGUUCAACAACACCAUCAAGCCACCUCCCCACGCCACCACCCCCACCCACCCUCAGCGUGUCUCAGGACCAAGGUCACAGAGUUCAAGUACAGAGCGCGUGACGUCAUCAUCGCCAGUUCUGACGUCACAGGUUUCAAGUCGGCUCGGGAAACGGCUAUUUUUCAGAUAUUUCUCAGCCGCGUCAAUCAGUCAGCCAAUCGGUGGGCCAGUGAGACGAUGAAUAAUCGUGUCAGUGGAACAAUAGCAUCGUCCCAACGCUGUCUCAGGACCGAGGUCACAGAGUUUAAGUACAGAGAGUGUGACGUCAUCAUCGCCAGUUCUGACGUCACAGGUUUCAAAGUCGGCUGUAGGAGUCCAACCAGUGUCGAGAAGACUUUAGUGUAA